AUGGCAUCGACUCAAGGACCGGUUACAACUAGCGGCGAGACGUCAGAGUUGAGCGUCAAGUAUGAGACGCCCAUGGGUCUAGCGCACGGAACGAUGCAGGCGUUGAAGGAUAGAAUCAAAUUACACUACGAUCUCGCGAGCGACUACUACCUUCGGCUCUGGGGCGAACACAUCCACCAUGGCUACUGGCCAACCCCCGAAUCCAAAACCUCCGAAUCAAAAGAACAAGCCCAAAUAAACCUCAUCCGCCUCCUCCUAACUAGCGCCUCCCUUCCCCCGUCCCCGUCCCCUUCUCCCCUCCGCGUCCUAGACGUCGGAUGCGGCCUUGGCGGAACGAGCCGCUACUUAGCCACCACGUUGGGCUGUUCCGUAACUGGCAUAACCAUUUCGCCCAAGCAGGUCGAGAUGGCCACGCGUCUAAGCAAAACCGAGGCCGAGAAGAACGGGGCGUCGUCUGCGGUUGAUGCGGAGGGGUUCAUUUCCUUGGGGGGAGAAAAGGGGAAGGUGAGGUUCGUGGAGAUGGAUGCUGAGAAGAUGGAUCGGGAGUUUGAGGGGAGGGGGUUCGAUGUUGUUUGGAUUAGUGAGGCGUUGAGUCACAUCCCUGGGAAGGACAACUUUUUUGGGAAUGCGUUUAAGGUGUUGAGGGAGGGGGGAAAGUUGGUGAUUGCGGAUUGGUUUAAGGCGGAGGGGUUGGAAGGGGAGAAUGCUGAUAUCAAGGCUAUCGAGGAUGGCAUGCUUCUCCCGCCGCUGCAGACGCAGCAGGGCUAUGUCCAGCUCGCAAAGGCGGCUGGUUUCUCCGUCGUUUCGGAGCCGAAGGAUAUCAGCAACGACGUCAGCAAGACAUGGGACAUUUCCUGGUCCCUCGUCCAGAACCCAGCUCUCUGGGCCUUCGCCUUCAGCCAAGGUCGCGAUGGCAUCGCGUUCCUCCAGGCGUUUAGGGCGAUGAGGAGGGGCUACGCGAAUGGGAGCUUUAGGUAUGCUGUUAUGGCCUUUGUCAAAUAA